UUUCCUUAUCCCGUGAGCAAGUUUCUGCCGCCCAAAUGGCCCAAAGGAUUCGAGACCCAAUUGAUACUCGUCCAGCCCUAGCGCAGCCUCGACAAAGUUCGACGACGUGCCUUGCUGCUGAUCUUACCAAAAAGGCAAUUUUUCCAAAAGGAGACGACCUAAAGAGCGCCAUUAGGUUCGUUGCGAGGGCAUUCUACAGUGUUUUUGAAGCGUAGGUCUUCAACGUGUCUUUAUUUCACUUCUGUCACGUCCAUUGAAUAUGCAUCGGCUACAUAUGCAUGGCGAAAUGCGCAUGAUUGCGUUGUUCGUUAGGGCUGGUGGAUAUGCAGUUUGGUGUUGACAGGAGGUGCUCAAACCGAUUUUCAUCAUCCAUCCAAAUCCUCAAGUCAAGUAAAAUCCAUCCUCUUCUUCUCUUCAAGAUGCUGUUAUUAUCGCGGUUAUCACAAUUAAAAUCAACUCGUCAUUACUUCUCCUCCUAUAUCUUGGUCAAUUUCAUCGUUGGCCUACCAUUUGUCGCUUAUGGCACAUAUGUCAUCUUCCAGCUUCAACAGAUUGGAUUCGUCAUCGGUCACGGCGUCGAUGAGCCCACAUGUAUGACCUCUUGUAUUGUCCCAUUCGGGUCUUCCGAAUUGGACAUGAAUGCCGUUAUUCUCUACCUCAAUGCCAUGGGGUUUGCUUUUGGAGGCUUCAUUAUGAUUUUUGUGGCUGCUUUGGCGGAUUACUGGAGUAUGUUUUUUUUUGGAUUCCUCUACUUCUAUCGAGUGGUUGUCCAUUCAGGAGGCUGACAUCGCUGCAGAACAAAAAUCUCUUCUCAUGGUCAUCACUAUCUUCCUCUACGCUGCGAUUUCGAUUCCCGUCGCUUGGUUGGAUAAACUGACAAAACCCACAUUUGAUGCCUUUUCGGGUCUCUAUGUCCUGUUCUCUGUCAUUACCCUCGCACUCAUGGCCUUGUUAAACAUAUACAUCCCAUUCUGUAUGAAAUUGGAACCAGACGUCGCCAAAGAAAUGGGUUCAUUUUCAGUCUCAGAUGAAACCGAAAGAAGACACAAGAUUGGCACGAAAAUGUCGGUAUUCGGGCCAAUCCUCAGCUGGUCUGCAAGUAUACUGGUGUUGAUCAUUGGCAUUAUAUUGUCCAAGACCCUGGAGCUUGAAAGACAGCAAUCCGCGGGUUUGAUCAUGACCACGGUCGCAGGCUUUGUCACUCUGAUAGGCAGUGCUGUCGCCUACUUCGGUCUACCCACUCUUGUUGCGCGAGACCUUCCAGUUGGCAAAAGUUGGUGGUCGAUUGCAUUUUCUAGUGUCUUCGGCCUCGUGAAAGAUCUAUGGAAAAACAAAACCGCAGCCUUGUUGCUCGUGGGUUACACUGCCUACACUGACACGACGUUUGCACAAUCGACGGUCUUGAGCCAGUUGUUCAUACUCACCGUCAAGCCUGACAUUGUUGAGUUUUCACUCUACAGCCUGAGCUUCAAUGCCAUGUGCAUCAUCUUCUCGCUUAUUUGGUUCUGGAUCCGCCCUAGAAUCAACAUCCGUCUGCGGAGCUGGAUGAUAUUUGGAUAUCUCGUGAAUCUGAUCCCUGCUUUGUGGGGUAGUAUUGGUAUCUCUGAGAAUGUUGGGAUUGGGUUCAAGAGUCGCUGGGAGUUCUAUGUGGCCUUACUGUUUACGACAGUUGCCAACUCGAUUGUGAACCCGGUGUUCCGCGUUGUCUUCUCCGAGGUUAUCCCUCCCAAGAGAGAGGUGCAAUGGUUUGGCAUGCAGCUCAUCAUCUCUUGCGCUACGACUUGGGUGCCAUAUGUCGUCCUCGCGCCUUUUCAACAGGCCACCAACAAUCUGAGAUAUCCAUUACUAAUGUGUUUCGUAUUCUUUUCUGUUCCUUUGGCAAUCGAAAUAUGGCACCUUGUGGCGGGGAGCAAGGGCCCUACCAAUGACACCGACUCCUCCAAUGAUGGGUCUGAGAAGGACGAUGUGGUCAACAACGAGUCAAAGGGGAGAUCCGAGACUGUUGUAUUGGAGAAAGCAUCAAGCGGUGUUUAGUCAUUUUUCGUGUCUUAGACUCGGACAUGUAUGUGAUUUCCACUACCAAUGCCACCUACUUGAGAUCGCUUCACGGCUUGAAUACAACCGUUCUAAGCUGUGGAUCCCCUAAUACUCUCGAUGUGCUUCGGUGAGGUGAUCACCUGAGCUUCAGUUGCCUUCUCCUCGGAGACCGUAACUGGGUCGAUGUCGACGCCCCUGUUGCCGCCCUCAACAUGCAACUUUGUCUCUUCCCAGGACUCAGCGACUUUGUCGCCAAACACGCCUGCCAGAUCCUCGAGAGUCUUGUUCUUCGUCUCCGGGUAAUAGAAAUACACAAUCACCACGUAAACACAGUCAAGGACCAACCAAAUGAUGAAGUAUCUCCAUGUGAUGGCCUCGACUGCCAAUGGGGCAGUCUGAGUCAUCAGAACGCCCAUCGCGUUGAACACGAGAAAGCCAGCUGCCACACCGGUAGGGCGGAUCUUGGUGGGCAUAAUUUCUGAUGCGUACUAGAUAUCGACAUAUUAGUGCCUGGUUUCGCAUCGACCCCAAAGGCGCAGGAGAGAGACAUGACUUACUGUGGUACCAAAAGUGUUCAUAACAGCUGCGUAGCCAAACACGGUGAGAUAUAUGCCAACAUUGAUGCCUUUUGCCAGUCCGAGGUUGGUGUUUCCGCCUUUUUCAAAGGCAGCCCACAAACCCACGAUGAUCACAGAUGCAGGAAUCAUAAUGGCGUAUGAGAGAAACUACAAUAUUC